CAGGGCACUUCAGCCAAGUGGGGGGAAAGACACGCGCGCGCUCAGCCUUCAGACGUCUCCCUGCCUACUAAGAAAUCUCUCUCGCUUGGGCUGCAGCCCGGACCGCCUCGCCCCUUUAUUGCGGCUCCCUUCGUUGCCUAGCAACCUGCAGCCCUGGUUGCCCGCCUGCGCGGGGCCGGCACUGCAGCCGCCGAGUGACUGUCUGGGCGGGGAUGAGGCGCCGUCGCUGCUGCCCUCCUGGGCCUGGGCGCCGGCUGCCACGGCGGGCCAUGAGCGCCCCGAGGUGCUGCUGCUGCCUCUGCUUGCACCUCCGCCAGCCCUACCGAAGCGAGGGGUCCGGCUGGUGGGGCACUGCUGCUGACCUUCCUUUGCCUUUCCCCGAGUGAGGGCGGCGGUGGAGCGGCCGCUAUGAGCAGAAAUCAGCAGCGCGUCCGCUUGGAGCAAAGGGAAUUACAGGCACAUGAUGGCAAGUUCCCAGAGAUCUCAUGCCUUCCAGAAUGCAGACAAAUCACUUCUCAGUCACCAAAAGAACAAAAGUUGCCAACCCUAACAUCUGAUCGCAAAUAUUUGGACAUGGUCUCAGGAAAAUCAUUUGGGAGUCACCUCCUUGAGAGCAGUUGGAAAAAUGCUGUGGUAAAGACAAAAAAGAUUGCACAGGCAGAAUAUGCCUCUGCAUAUGGCUUGAGAAACUCCGACGAAUACGCUGCAAUGCCAAGUCUUGCUCAGGGAUUCGAGAAAUAUCCAGCAGUAUCAAAUCCCUCUCCUGUUGCACAAAAGACACAAGGUGCCGCUAAUCCAUUUCCAAUGAGCUCUUAUGGGAAGAAUGAUGUCAGUUGUUUGCCACCUUUAUACCUGGUUCCAUCAUCUACAUCAUCACAGUAUUUAAUUGAAGAUUUCAACAAAAGCAGAGGAGAUAUAGCCAUGGGGGAUAUAAACAAGAAAGGGACGUGUUCUUGGAAACCAGGCCCUCUGAAGACAACUGGGAUCCAUGGUGGAGCUGGAGAACUUGGUGCUCUGAGGUUGAAGAAAUACAACCGCUGUUCUAGCCUAAUUUCAUUUCCAGAGGGAUCCAAAUUCAAGCCUGGUUACAAUUUCACAGAUCCAGUCAGUGGAGCUCCUCCUGAAUACCACCAGCGGCUUUGUGAACUGGCUGCUCUGGAAUGUGAAACCAUUCAUCAAGAGAGAAGCAGAAAAAUUAAGAGGACCAAGAAACGGGAGAUGUAGACAACCUCACAGGCAAGGAGCGGGCUUUCUUGCAAUUAUUUAAUGAGUUUAUAUAUUCUUGCCUAUUUCACAUAGUAUGCUGAUCAGUGAACCUCACCAUGUUAAAAAAAAAAUUACCAAACCUGCAAAAUUAAAUUUUAUAUGUUUGUA